CCCCGCAGGUGCUCACCUUUCUAUUUGCGGGACAACUCAGGAUCUUCCCCACAUGAGGUAGCCAAGGUUCAUCUUGGAAGGGGCUAAGGUCCUCUGGUCGCUGCUAAAGGUUGCUUAACUGGUUUGACGGUAUAGGUGCAGUGAUGUAGUUUGAGCUGCUGCUAGGGAGUGGCAAAUCAACGCAUAUAUAAUCGUGGCCGGGGAGGAAAGCUUUUUGGUUCUUUCCAUUCUAUAUACUUUUAACGUUCAUACUCCAAAAAAAUCACAAGUGGACUAGUUCUACAAUCAGCAUUACUCUACAUCUAAUACCUCCAAUUUCUUUUUUCUACAAUCAAAUUCAAUCAAAAUGUCCGGCAACCAGCAGCAGCCCGAUCUCCUUGGAGGUUUGUUAGGCAACUUGGUGGGUGGUUUGACUGAUACUGUUGGCAAAACUGUUGGCGGCGUGACUGGCACUCUCGGCGACACUGUCGGCGGCUUGGGCAAAACUGUCGGAGGCGUUGGCCAGGGCCUCGGUGACACCACCAAGGGAGUUGGCUCGACUGUCCAGGGCGCCACAAGUGGUGGCCAGCAGCAGGGCGAGGAGACCAUUGGCGGAAAGAAGCAGACUGCUCAAAACCCCCUCGGAUUGUAAAUGACUAUCGUUAUGACUGGCUUUCUGAGCUUAUGUCGCAAGCUUCUGUUAUGAUUUUGCAUGGAACCAACUGUUGUGGGAUAUUUCAUGAUACUGGGCUGGGAACUUCUUUUUUGAUUCGUUGAUUGUAUUUUUAUGAAACUUAAGCUUCUUGCUUCAAUGACCACUAUGAAUAAUACGAACGAUUGGUCUUAAAUUAAACUCCUUAUUCUGCCGUG